AAUGAUGGGUGAUCUGUGUCUCAGAAUGAGAAUUGAUUCAAAUACAACUGCAGGAUGUUAUCACUCAUCAAAAAAACUGACUGAACCUGAGACAACCUCUUCAAAAACAUCAGAAAAACAACAGUGAGGCUGAUAAAACUCAGAAGUAUAAGAUAUCAAAUUGACAGUUCUUCAGAAGAAGAAGAAAAAAAGACUACAUCACCUUUAAAGAUGUCCAGACUGAUGCUCUUUGUUCUAAGCAUGAUGCUGCAAGCAUGUAUUAUAACGUCCAAUUCUUUGACCACUCCUGGUUCAGAAGAAGAAAUCGUUGGAGUUUUAGAACGGGCAAAGCAGGCUUACAGGGAAACAAAGGAUAAAGUUCUAAAUGUUGGCAGUUCCGUAGCAGAGUUGGCUGGCAUGUACUAUGAGGAACAUUUCAAGCCUGUAGCUGACUCUUACAAAGACUGGGCUAGAGAAAAAGCAAGUUCCCUCUGGGAGAGACUCAAAGACAGGGUGUCCACCUUAAGAUCGGCCUAAAUACUUCAAAAAGUCCAAGAGAACUUUGUAAAUCUACAAAUAAGAAGAACAGACUCCCAAUAAGAGGUGUAUUUUAGUGUAUUGGUGGUGUGGUGGAGUUAAAACACUAAACCAGGCAUCCAUUGUUCUCAUUCCAUUGCAAAACAGUACAACUAAAAAAAAUACAGCAAAACUUUAUAGACACCCAAUGCAUAUGGAAGUCUGAUUAAAACCGAAAGAAUGCUUCUUUAGAAAGUUUAUUCAUAAAGAUAUUUUCUGUAUGUUUUUUUUCUGAACAUCAAACUAAUAAAAUGCUGAUUAAUAUCACUACACAGAUAUGGAUAUUUUAGAAUCUUUGCAUGAGAGGAUAAGAGGAUGCAGAAAAUGGAAAAGGGAAGAAAAGACGAGAACAAAGAUAAUGCAAAAUUAAAGGAAGAAGUUAGACAUAUUUGGGCUUAAUAAUUGUAAUCUAAUUAAUGCACACACACACACACACACACACACACACACACACACACACACACACACACACACACACACACACACACACACACACACACACACACACACACACACGAAAAUUAAAA